AACUAUAUAUAUGAUAAAUUCUAGGCAAAGUUUCCAAGUUUAUACCACCCAUUUAACUAUAUAAAGACCUACUGGCUUUUAAGAAACUUCUUCAACAUCAAAACAUAAGAAAAUAUUUACAAGCGCUACACAUACAGAUUAAAAAAAACAACUACGUCAAAAAUAAUGGACCAGAUCAGAUUUAAAGAUGUUGUUGCAACCAUCGUAAUAAUGUUUUUGUUGGUCAUUGCAGAACAAGCAAAUGCAGCCUCUGUUGAUGCCGACUGUUAUGGACCGUGCAAUAACCAUUGUGAACAAACUUGCAAAAAUAAAGGUUACACAGGUUGGUUUUGCUCAACUUUUAGAGUCAAAUCUGGCUGUUGCUGUACACCAAGGAAGAAAAUCUUUGGACAAUCUGUUCAAUUGAACAACUAAACUUUUGAUGUAAUAGUCUCUAAAGCCUCCAACAAUAAAAAUAAAAUAAUAUUUUGAAAAGUUACAAAA